CGAGACGCCGAGGUCGAAACCCUAGAAACUCUCCGAUUCACGGUUCCCGGCUGAUGGCGUCGAGCAAGCAGACAGUGCUGCCGUUCUUGCCCUCGUCGGCGGGAUUCACCGCUAGGAUCCACCCCGUCGUCCUCUUCAACAUCUGUGAUUGCUAUGUCAGGCGGCCUGACCAAGCGGAGCGAGUCAUCGGCACUCUCCUCGGCUCCGUCUCUCCUGAUGGCACCGUGGAAAUCAGGAACACCUAUGCCGUGCCCCAUAGUGAGCCUGGUGACCAGGUUGCCAUAGAUGUUGACUAUCAUCAUAACAUGUAUGCCUCCCAUCAGAAGGUGAACCCUAAGGAAGUCAUUGUUGGAUGGUUUUCGACUGGUCUUGGUGUGUCAGGCAGGAGUGCAUUGAUUCAUGAGUUCUAUUCCAGAGAAGUCACAAAUCCUGUUCAUCUUACUGUGGAUACUGGAUUCACAGAUGGGGAGGCCUCCAUCAAAGCAUAUAUUUCCAUUAAUUUGUCUCUGGGUGAUCGACAACUUGCAGCUCAAUUUCAGGAGAUCCCUCUGGAUUUCCGUAUGGUUGAAGCCGAACAAGUUGGAUUUGACAUUUUGAAAACCACAAUGGUCGAUAAACUUCCCAAUGAUCUAGAAGGAAUGGAAGCUUCAAUGGAGCGUUUGCUUGCCCUAAUUGAUGAUGUCUAUAAAUAUGUGGAUGGUGUUGUUGAAGGUAAUGUGGCUCCGGAUAACAACAAUGGGAGACUCAUUUCUGAUGCAUUGUCUUCAAUUCCGAAAAUGUCUCCAGCUGUUUUCGACAAAGUUUUCAAUGAUAAAAUACAAGACAAUCUUGCGUUGGUUUAUUUGUCAAGUCUUACACGGACACAACUCAGCAUUGCAGAGAAGUUGAACACAGCGGCACAGAUCUUGUAAACCAUUUUUGAGCAAGACAAGAUGUUUUUUUGGUUCUUCCUUGAGUUUGGUAGAGUUGAUGCAUUUGCUGAUCUUGAAAAAUCUAUUUAAUGAUACUACGGAGUGAAUCAUUCAACUAUUCUCUUGUGUUUCAUUUUGUACCUGUAAAACCUAUUUAUUUCCUUCCAUAAUAGUCAAUUUAAGGUGCUUUUUUUAA